AUGCGCUUUACUUCGGUUAUCGUUGCUGCUGCGGCUGCUUCUGCUGCGGUCAUCGGCCGCCAGGACGCUCCCGCCGCCUCAUCUAAGGUCAUCAUUGGUUCUACCAACACCAUCUCCGUUGCCGACUACGAUGGCAAGUCGUUCAACAUCGUGGGCAGUAACACCACCGAGGGCACUGGUCCCAGCUGGAUGGCUUUCAAGGAGCCCAACCUUCUCUACGCUGUCAACGAGAAUGCCUUCAACCUCCGUCUGUUCACUCUCGAUACCACCAACAACGACCUCAAGCUCACUGCGGAGGCUACGGGCUCUGCGGGUGUCGUCUCUAUUGCGUUCAACAAGGACAAGACUCGCCUUAUUGGCGCUGCCUACACUGGUGGAAACGUUGACGUCUGGGAUAUCUCUGACGCCAGCGCCCUCAAGUACAUGAAGAACAUCACUCUCGGUGGCGAGCUUGGUCCCAACAAGGAGCGUCAGACCAAGUCUUUCGCUCACCAGGCGGUUCUUGAUCCCUCUGGUCGCUACUUCGCCAUCUGCGACCUCGGCACUGACUCCAUUUCCAUCAUCGACUCCCAGGAUGACAAGUUCGAGGUUGUGUCUCGCAACAGCGUCUCUAGAGCUGGCUGUGGCCCUCGCCACGGCGCCUGGUUCCCUCAGACCGGAGGCACGCCUACUGCCUUCGUUGUCGCCUGUGAGCUCACCAACACCCUCGAGGUUUUUUCUGUCUCUACCACCAACGGCUCUUCCCUCUCCCUUACUCAUACCUCGGAGCUGAGCACUUACGGCGCUGCUUUCCCUCCCGCCAACGCUACCACCGCUGCCGCUGGCGAGAUUAUCAUCUCGGCUGAUGGAAAGCACGCCUACGUCUCCAACCGCAACAGCGGUAAUGCGACCGACUCCAUCUCCCACUUCAAAAUCGCUCAGCAGGCCGCCCCCGGCGGCUCCAAGUGUAAGCCCAAGGCCGGUGGCAUCACUCUCGAGUUCGUCGAUCAAAUUUCCUCUGGCGGCAUCAGCCCCCGCAUGUUCAGCUUCUCCAAGGACGAGAAGACGCUCUUCUCUACCAAUGUACUUAACACUAUGGACGGUACUGGAGAGGGUGUGUUGGCGCUCAGCCGUGCUGAGGACACUGGCACUCUGACUGCUGUGCCCAUCACGUCCCUCCCGGUUACGAACUUUCUUUCGGCCGGCGUGACAAUGGGUCCUACCUUUAUCCAGCAGAUCGUCUAA